AUGCAGUCUCCGUUUCCUAAGUCGUCUUCGGUGGCCGGCGAGGGCGAGAUCGUAGCUCAGCUCUUGCCCAACGGUCUGUCAGGUCUCAAGGCCAUGUCGUAUCAGUAUCCUCUGAAACUCAUUUCUCCGACACCGGCUGCCGACCAGAAAAGCGUUCUGGUCUUUCUAUUAUCCUAUGGCGGCGGACUUGUCGGGGGCGACAGCGUCAAUCUGUCCAUCCGCACUCUGCCAGGAGCAAACCUCAGCGUUGUCACACAGGGUCAUACAAAGAUUUUCAAGUCUGCGUCUCCCGACAUUGUUACGCGCCAAACGCUCAAUGUCCAUGUAGAAGGCGAUUCCGGCAUUUGCCAAUUGCCAGAUCCAGUCCAGCCUUUUGAUGGAAGCGUUUACGAGCAGACUCAGAUAUUCACAGUUGCUCCUAACGCAUCUCUGUGCCUGUUAGACUGGGUGACGCAAGGCAGAACAGCGCGCGGUGAGGAUUGGAGCUUUGUCAAGUGGACGGGACGCAAUGAAAUAUGGCUGGCAAGGGAAGCGCCCGACCACAAAAACCGUUUGCUCGUUCGAGACACGGUCAUAUUAGACAGAGACAGCCAAAGCCUAGUAGGGAGAUCGCUACGAGACUCUAUGCAUGGGAAUGGCCUCUUUGGAACGCUUAUUCUUAGAGGUCCCCAGAUGCAGACGUUAGGCAACUUCUUCCUCGAAGAGUUUGGCGCAUUACCCCGUAUCGGUGCAAGAGAUUUCAGAUCGGCGGAGGCAAAAGCUAAGGAAGAAAGUAACUUGACAGAGCAUGAACUAUGGAGGCUGAAACGUAUAGAAAUGGAGACGAAAGACGGUAUCUUGUGGUCGGCGGCGAGGGUCAGGGGAUGUGUCAUUGUGAAAUUUGGAGCAAGCACUGUUGAAGCUGGUCGGCUGUGGAUUGGCAUCAUGCUAAGUCGAGAAGGGACAGUUGCAAGAGUUUAUGGGGAGCAAGCGCUGAUGUGUGUAAAAUGA